CAGUUUUGACAGACCUAUCUAAGUUGAGCCUGACGGCAAGCAUAUCACCUCCAAGACGCCCUGAAACUCCUACACGCUUGGAGACCCGUGGCAAUGUCUAAACACGAACACGGAUUGACACUGUCAAACGGCACCACCAUCACGCAUGGGGAUGGCGCAAACAUUAAACGCCCAUUCACAGAUGUGCCAGUGGUCAUGCACGAAUUCGAUCCCGGCACACGCUCAUUUGCAGGACAAUUUGGUUUCAUCGAGUUCACGACUGAGUAUCGCCUACCCCGACACGUCCACAUUGCGCCUCCUGAGGCGUCGGCCCCAGAGCAGAAGUUCACCUGCGAGCGGAUAGUGGUGCUAAACGGUGUGGCGCUGGUCGAGCUCAACGGUGAAAUCUACGUUAUCCCGCCGAAGAGUCUGGUCACUAUUGCACCAGGGGUGCCGCAUACCUGGACGGCGUGUCCGGCGGGAGUGAGUGUUAUCGAGGAAAGGGAGGAAGGACCCCAGGUGGUCCUUUCUGAGGGCAAGUUUUUGAUGUUGUACGAGUAUGAAGAACCGACGUCGUUCUUCCCUACGAAGCAGGUGCAUACUAUGAAGAGCGUGCACGAGUAUGAGCGGUGUGAUGACCUCGAAUCGAUUCGGAUUCCCAAGUUGAGUGUCAGUCAGGUAUAUGAGCGGUGUUUCUUUGCUUGGGGGAGAAGUGUAGGUGAGAAAGACGAACAUGGGUCGAAGUGA